GAAGGCGUGCGUGGGGCCGAAGCCAACACGUAGAGGCCCGUUAAGACAGUUUAAUCUAAAUGUGGUGUUAUUAUUAAAAAUAAACUACUUAUCUUAUUCGACCACUGGCUGAAAGUACCAUAGUAAAUUAAUCAACUAAUUAGAUCUAAAACAACCGGUAGGUAUUUUCGUAAUACGGGUUCAUAGUACUGUAAUUGUAUUGCAUAUCGACAACAUAAAAGUUAUCAAUAAAAAUAUGAAUAAAUUUACUAUAAAAUAACAUGAAAUUCAGUCUAGUGUCAACUGUGACCACAAUCACUCCUGUUUUUCCGUUCUGUGAAGUUUUUCUUUUUAUUUUUCCCGUAAAACGUAUAAGUUUUAGGUAACAUGAAUUGUUUACAACAUAAUAUCAUUUUGAUCCUGCUGACGUUAACAUCAGUCAUGAGUUUGGCCACACAACAAAGUCCAGAAAUUACCACAAGAUAUCAGGAAUUUAUCCCAGACAUACCUAAGGAAUGUACGUAUAUAAAUAUUGGUAUAUGCGAGAAUGUUCCGAACUACCCGAAGAAGUAUAUUGCUGACAUUCUUGGGAAGAUGACGCAUAGAAAAGAAAUUAAAGUCAGACAAAACACACUUAAUGUUACAAACAACAUUUGGAAUGCCAACGGAGACUUCCCUCUAUGUGAUUCAAUUGAACAGGAAAUCAUUCCAAAAGCUGCUCGUGACAAAAGUGGCAACUGGUACUUCGUUGUAAAUGAAGAUGAAAACCCAAUACAUCAAUACCUGGCUGUCCAAUGCAAUUUCAGAACAAACAAGAGUUGCAAAGACUUUGUGUUUCUAUCAGGCGUGUAUAGUGUUGGCGAGUGUCGUCAGAAGCACGUGGAAGUGAGGAUGCUGGUCAUCAACAAAUUUGGCAUGGCUAUCAAUGAGACCUUUCAAGUCCCCAGCUGCUGCAGUUGUGUGGCCACCAGGAAGAUACAGGCUCUGAUUUAGUCAGAAAACCCAAAGGGGGUUACAAUGGUUCCAAAUAAAAUAAUUCAAUAGUUCCUUCGCGGAAAGUUCAAUCAAAUAAUAAUUGUUGUUGUGUAACUUGGCUAUUGCGAUAUUACCGAUGU